UAUUCGUGUGUUGUGUGAGCGCCUGUCAAAAUAUUGACGUAAUAUUUUUUGGUUUCUCAUAUUUUCAUAAUUUUCACCUAAAAAACUCCCCAGAAUUACAAAAAAUCAUGCAGUUAUCGAAAAUUUGAUAUUUCGUUCAUCAUUAUUAAGAAAAAUUUUCCAAAACAAACAACCGUACAUAUACGAAAAAUCUAUUUCAACAAAUCACUUCAAGUUCAAUCUCGAUCCGAAUGACUGCGAAGAGCCAUGAAGAAGUUUCACAAUAAACCAAGAAAAGUGCAAAGUGUUGUAUGUGCCGUGCAAUGAAAUAAAAAACUAAUCGAAAACCACAACAUCGUUUAUAAAAUUAAUUCAAUAUUUCUGCAUACAUUAUCAAGUUUGUUCUCCAACGUACCACACAGAAUCAGUUGUUAAUAUAAAAACAUCUUAGUCAACGGAAGGUAAAAAACCAAAGCUCUGUAAGACGGUUUAGCUAUUUAAAACCAUGUGCGAUCCACACGAACAGGGUCAAAAGUGGAAAUGCGAAUACUGCACCUACGAAAAUUUCCCUUCAGCUAUUAAAUGUACUAUGUGCAAGGGUUUGAAACCUCUGCUCAAUGAGGAUAUAUUUCGACUUAGCCCUCCUCAAUCGACUGCAACAAAUGUAGCCUCAUCAUUGGUCGAAGCAUCCAGUUUGAGUUUAUCUCAGAGUAAUCUAAGUGCUUGCGGACUUCCUUUGCAGGAAUCAUCAAAAUCAAAAUGGUCCUGCAGAACAUGUACGUACUUCAAUUGGCCACGCAGUUUGCGUUGUGUCCAAUGCUAUACAAAACGUUCAAAUUCCAACGAAGAUAUGUACUUCAAUGAUGCCGGCAAGAGCAGUAGUAAUCGUCACACUCAUGCCUCUCCUUUACGAAGUCCCAAAGCGAGUCCACCUCCACCCAUAGAGACAGCACCUGCUCCCACCAGUACCAGCAUUAAUGAUGAUCUAAAUUUUUUGAAUAACAUCUCUGGCUCCGAUCCGGAUCUAAUGGCCAGCAGUAAUAACUUAGCUUCGAGCAAAAUCAGUCCAAUAGGUUCAAUAACGAAUUUAGCUAGUUCGAGAAAUUCGCUUACAAAUUCGCAAACUGCCGCAGGAGCGGUAGCAACUCGUGUUAGCCCUGUUGAGGCAACAACUCCACAACACCACACACAACAGCGUUGCCUCGUAGCUAAGUGGGCUUGCAAUGUAUGUACUUACGAAAAUUGGCCGAAGAGUCUCAAAUGUUCUAUGUGCGGCCGUGCCAAAGACGCUCUGAUCUGUGGCAAUGAAGGUUUGUCAUGUAGUAAUAAGGCUUUGGCCGAUAAAGAUGAAGGUUUCGGUGCGUCUAAUAAUACUUUGUCAAAUAACACUUUUAACAACAAGCACAGAUAUCAACUUGGUUCAUCAGAAACUAUAAAUAACUGUGAUACAAUACAGGAGAGGCAAGAAAGACGUCAGCGACAAAUAAGGCGACAAGUUGAUUGGCAAUGGCUUAAUGCAUGCUUGGGUGUUGUUGAAAAUAACCAUAGCGCUGUAGAAGCUUACUUGUCGUGCGGAGGUAACCCAGCUCGUUCCUUAACUAGCAGUGAAAUCGCAGCUUUAAAUAGAAACUCUGCUUUCGAUGUCGGCCACACACUUAUUCAUUUGGCGAUUCGUUUUCAUCGCGAAGAGAUGCUGCCAAUGCUUUUGGCCCAAAUAUCUGGUUCUGGUCCUGGAAUCAAAAGGGUUCCAUCGUAUGUUGCUCCAGAUUUGGCUGCCGACAUACGUCGUCACUUUGCAAACACUCUCCGAAUGCGAAAAUCUCUCUUCAAUUGUCAUUACGUCCAGGAGCAUGCAACUUUUGCCUUACCAGUAGAAAUCGAAGAACUCCCAAUACCAAUACAGGAGCAACUCUACGAUGAGCUCUUAGAUCGUGAUGCUCAAAAGCAGUUGGAAACUCCUCCGCCUGCUCUGAAUUGGUGCUUAGAAAUAACAGCUCGUCUUGGUUCGCGGCUAUUUGUUUUGUGGAAUCGCAGUGCAGGCGAUUGCCUUUUGGACUCUGCCAUGCAAUCGACCUGGGGUGUAUUUGAUCGAGACAAUACUCUAAGGCGGGCUUUGGCUGAUAGUCUCCAUCAAUGCGGGCCAGUAUUUUAUUCACGAUGGAGAGAAUACGAGAUGAUUCAGGCAGCAAUGAAUCAGUACACUCUUGAGGAGGCACAGUGGGAGGAGGAUUGGAGCACUUUGUUGUCACUUGCUAGUCAACCUGGCUCGUCAUUAGAACAGUUGCACAUUUUUACUUUAGCACACAUACUUCGUAGGCCGAUUAUCGUAUACGGCGUCAAGUAUGUAAAAAGUUUCCGUGGUGAAGACAUUGGGGUUGCUCGUUUUGAAGGUCUGUACUUGCCCCUGUUUUGGGAUCAAAACUUUUGCAUUAAGUCACCAAUUGCUCUGGGAUACACUCGAGGACACUUUAGUGCAUUGGUCCCAAUGGAGCCCUAUGCAAGAAUCGAUGCUCGUCGUGAUGAGCCUGGCGAUGUUACAUUUUUACCAUUAAUGGAUUGUGAGUCGAAGUUGUUACCUAUACAUUUCCUAACCCAAGCCGAGAUGGGACGAGAAGAAACAAUUAUGAGGCAAUGGCUGGAUGUUUGCGUCACUGAAGGAGGAUUGCUUGUAGCUCAACAAAAGUUACGAAAACGACCGUUGUUAGUAGCACAAAUGCUGGAGGAAUGGCUUAAUCACUAUAGGAGGAUAGCUAAUAAAGCAGACUAUCCGAAUUCUCCCAACUACAUGUUUAUUUCGUAGACAGGUGAUUGCCGCCCCCUUCGGAAGACGUCCACAGACCACAGGCUAUUCAAGUGAAGGAGACACAGAUGAAGAAUAAUAGUGAAUGCUUUAUUUAACACAUUUAAUUGUAAUCUUCGUUUAUAAGUCUUUGAAGUUUUAAGGAAUUUUUUUCAACCUUCGCCACCCAGAUUAGGUAUAUUACAAAAGAAUAUAUAAAAUUUAUUUUAUGUCUUAUUAAGAAAAACUAAAGAAUAAUAAAGUAAUACAAAAUUCUCUACCAAAUUAAAUUUACAACAAAUAAAAAUUAAAAAAAAAAUAUAUAUAAAUAGAAUCUAAAAAGUUUAAAAGUAAGAUGUUUUUCAAACAAUAAUAGAUUUAAUAAAAAAAUACAAUCUAUUAUCUAAAAAGAAGAAAUUUAAAGAAAAAAUUCAACGCGUAUUUUGGGUGCGUUAUUACUGUACAUUUUCGGGAAAAUUUAUUGCAAUAAGUUUUAAUCCUUUUUUUAUAUAUAACAGAAAUAAAAAAUAAUAAUAAUAAUGCAUAGAUAUAACGUUACUAAAUAUUUAAAUAUUAUACAAUUAUUAAUAUAUUCAUAUAAUUAAAUUGCCUACUAUAAUAGCUAUUAUUAAAAUUCAUUGCUUUCGGUAAUAAUAUUGUAGAAAUAAAACUUAUGAAAAGUGAAAUAUAAAAUAUAA